AUGCUGCCCUGGAGACGGAGCAAGUUCGUGUUGGUGGAGGACGAGACUAAGCGCAAGGGGAAAAGCCUGAGCCCCCGGCUUGCCUACACAUCGCUGCUCUCCACCUUCCUGCGCUCUUGUCCGGACCUGCUGCCCGACUGGCCCCUGGAGCGCCUGGGUCGGGUCUUCCGCAGCAGGCGCCAAAAAGUGGAGCUCAACAAGGAGGACCCCACUUACACCGUGUGGUACCUGGGCAACGCCGUCACCCUGCACGCUAAGGGCGACGGCUGCACAGAUGACGCCGUGGGCAAGAUCUGGGCGCGGAGCGGGCCGGCGGGGGGCACCAAGAUGAAGCUGACGCUGGGACCCCACGGCAUCCGCAUGCAGCCCUGCGAGCGCUCCGGGAGCUCGGGGGCUCGGCGGCCGGCGCACGCCUACCUGCUGCCGCGCAUCACCUACUGCGCGGCUGACCGCCGCCACCCGCGCGUUUUCGCCUGGGUGUACCGCCACCAGGCGCGCCACAAGGCCGUGGUCCUGCGCUGCCACGCAGUGCUGCUGGCGCGGGCGCACAAGGCGCGGGCCCUGGCGCGCCUGCUGCGCCAGACAGCGCUGGCCGCCUUCACCGACUUCAAACGGCUGCAGAGGCAGAGCGACGCGCGCCACGUGCGCCAGCAGCACCUCCGGGCGGCCGCGGGGGCCGCCGCCGCCUCGGUGCCCCGAGCGCCCCUGCGCCGCCUUCUCAACGCCAAGUGCGCCUACCGGCCGCCGCCCGCGGAGCGCGGCCGCGGGGCGCCUCGCCUCAGCAGCAUCCAGGAGGAGGACGAGGAGCAGGAGCAAGAGCAGGACGAGCAGGAGGAGGGGUGCGCUGGGAAGGAGCAGGAAAAGCCCGAUCGGGAGCGAAGCGUAGAGCGCCCCGAGGUGCUGAGCUUGGCCCGGGAGCUGAGGACGUGCAGUCUGAGGGGCUCCGCAGCCGCCGCUCCCCGGGCCCCACCCCCGACCCCUCCCCACAAGGGCUGCCUGCCGGCCCUAAAACGCCCGGCCUUGGAUUCUGCUGCUCGGCAGCCCCUGGCUAGCCCCCUGCCCCCCCACCAGGCCCUGUGUGUUGUAGGGGGGUGGUAG